AUGUGGUCUUUUGUACUAGAGCUGGGAAUUGUCUUUCUUGUCCCCGAAACUUAUCAUCCCAUUCUCUUACGGAACAAGGCUCGCAAUCUUCGGAAAGAAACCGAGGAUGAUCGUUGGAAAGCAGCUUCGGAGAUGCAUUCCAAAUCUGUGCUCAGUGCUGUUGGGAUAUCAUUGCUGCGGCCCAUUCAGCUCCUCACUUUUGAGCCAAUGUGUCUCUCUCUUUGCCUCUUCUCGGCUUUGCUACUUGGCAUACUAUACUUAUUCUUUGGAGCUUUCCCUCUUGUUUUUAGAGAGACUUAUGGCUUCAAUCUCUAUCAAAUUGGCUGUAGCUUUCUGGGGAUCUUGGUUGGUAUGCUGCUGGGUAUUGCCACCGAUCCGGUAUGGCAUAAAGUCAGGAUAAGACUCAUUUUGAAGAACAAGGGCCAAGGCGAAAAUGGAGAUGGCAGCGAGCCUGAGUUCCGACUUCCACCCGCUAUGUUCGGAUCUAUUCUUGUUCCGGUGGGAAUUUUCAUGUUUGGUUGGUCCAUGUACCCUUGGGUGCAUUGGAUCGUUCCCAUCGUUGGUACAGCCAUGUUCGGGGCUGGAAACAUCCUUCUUUUCACUGGUAUCUGGACCUUUCUGGUUGAAGCUUAUCCCAGGUAUGCUGCCAGUGCGCUAGCUGCCAAUUCUUUUGUCCGUUGCCUGGCGGCUGCUGCAUUUCCGCUUUUUGGAAAUCAGAUGUACGUAAGGCUCGGGUUUCAAUGGGCCUCAUCACUUUUGGGCUUCUUGGCUAUUGGAAUGAUGGUCUUUCCUUACCUAUUCUUCAAAUAUGGAAAGCUUAUUCGGGACAAGAGUAAGUUUGCCGAUGCGUCGAUCUCUCUGUAA